AUGUCACCCUUCCAAAGUUCCAAAGCAACACUAGUAAUUGGCGCUGGGGUGGGGGCGACAAAGAAAUUUACCAGAGCCCAAUCACGUUCAGCAGCCAGCUGGUCGGUUUUCGCCUGGUCCACCGAGUUGAAGGUUGGAUCUGUCGCAAGCCAAGACAAUAAUGGUUCCGAAGGUCACUGCUCCACACUGAGCCAAGCAGAAAUGGACAUGAGGGAAAAGCCACAAGCGCAUUGGCUGCCCAAAAUCCCGAACGUCGAUCUUCUUCCCGUUGGCUUCGCUUCCCUGGCAUUCCUCUCGCAGGACUACGAGGUCGAGUUAGCCGGGGAAGCUGUCGACCACGGUAGCGUCAUUACAACCCUGCCUGGAUCUCUGUCACUCUGA